GUAAAGGUUGUUUCAUGACCAAACUUGAGGACAUGGGCUUUAUAAUUCAGUCCAGUUUGGGGAAAGAGAAACAGCAGCAGUCUGGAAAGGUCCCUCAAACAAGACCAUGGAAAGGAACAUCAUAUAUUUGUGGAUUUGUGCUUUUGCAGUAGUUCAUGGAAAUCAAGAAACUUCACCACAACCUUUCAUCAGUGAUAAAAUCCCAUCACUGAUAAAGAUGAACAAUGAUUUUGCUUUUCACCUGUACAAGAGGCUUGUAGAAAUGCCCGAGUAUCAGUCCAAGAACAUCUUCUUCUCUCCUUUCAGUGUGUCCAUGGCCCUUUCUGAGCUGUCUUUAGGAGCCGGUGGUGAAACCAAAGAACAGCUUCUCAGUGGCAUUGGCCAUAACAGCUCGGUCUUCACCACUGAAGAAAUGCAUCAGAUGUUCCACAGUCUCCUGGAAGAAAUCGACCAGAGGACAGGGGUGGACAUUGAUGUCGGUACUGCUCUAUAUGCAAGUGACAAAUUAAAGCUCCUUCCUGAGUUCUUGAAGGAGAUAAAGGAGUUUUACCACUCUGACGGAUUCACUGUGGAUUUCACCGUCAAAGAAACACUGGAUAAAAUUAACACGUAUGUGAAGGAAAAAACUCAUGGGAAAAUAGUCCAAGCUGUUGAUGAUCUGGAAUUUGACACUUUGAUGUUUCUUCUCACUUACAUAUAUUUUAAAGGAAAAUGUGACAUGCCUUUUGACCCAAGCAGCACCCAUCAAAGUAGAUUUCAUGUAGAUGCUGAGACCACCGUUCCAGUACAAAUGAUGCACCAGUACAAAUCCCUCAAAGUUUAUUAUGAUGUGGAACUCACUUCUAAAGUCCUCUGUCUAGACUACAACGACUCUUUCUCCAUGUUUCUGGCUGUACCAGAUAUUGGCAGGUCAGGUAAGACCAUCAAAGAUCUGGAGAUGGCCAUCUCAUACUUUACUCUCUGGCUCUCAACGAAGGCGGUCGCAUUUUCUCUCCCUCUCCUCUCCCUUACCUUCCCUGCUUUGCUCCUCUUGUCUCGUAAACUCUGA